ACAAAAAUAAUUUAUUAAAAAAUUUUGUUUAUCUACAAAAUGUUUCUGAAAAAUUUACUGAAAUCUCGAUCAAGUUCUUAUAAUUUCCCAAAACGUUUUAUAAAAACUUUGUCCCUAAAGUUUAGCGGUAAUGGUGAGCCAUUACAGGUUUUGGAAAUGGUGGAAGAAGAAUUGCCCGAACCGGAGAAUAACCAAGUUUUGAUACGGGUAUUAAUGGCACCCAUAAAUCCCUCGGAUAUUAAUAUAAUACAAGGUAGAUAUCCCUUACAACCUGCUCAACUACCAGCCACAGCAGGCAAUGAAUUUGUGGGUGAAAUAGUACAAAUGGGCGAUAAGGUAGAAAAUUUUGCCCUAAAAGAACAUGUAGUAGCUUAUGAAUCAGGUUUGGGUACUUGGAGCGAAUAUUUACUAUUGAAAGCAGAACAAAUUUAUGCUGUACCUUAUGAUUUGCCCUUACCGGCAGCAGCCACCUUAACAGUCAAUCCCUGUACAGCUUAUCGCAUGUUGAAAGAUUUCAUUCAACUAAAAGCGGGAGAUUGUGUAAUACAAAAUGGCGCUAAUAGUGCGGUGGGUCAAGCAGUUCAUCAAUUGUGUAAACAUUGGGGUUUAAAAUCAGUGGGAGUGAUUAGAGAACGUCCUGAGCUGAUAAAACUAAAACAAGAUUUAUUAAGACUAGGAGCUACAGAAGUUUUCACCGAGGAGGAGCUAGUAAGGACACAACUCUUUAAAAGUAAUUGUUUGCCUAAGCCACGUUUGGCCUUAAAUUGUGUGGGCGGUGAAAGUGCUAGUAAUAUAGCCAAACUUUUAGAUUAUCAAGGUAUAAUGGUAACCUAUGGUGGUAUGGCAAGAAAACCUAUUACACUGCCUAUAGGACCUUUAAUUUUUAAAAAGCAUAUCUAUCAGGGAUUUUGGAUUACAGAAUGGGUUAAACGUAAUAAAAAUUCUUGGGAAAGGUCGUAUAUGUUAAAGGAUAUAAUACAGUUAAUGAUGCGUAAAGAGUUUAUAGCACCCAAACACAACUUAAUACCUUUCCGACAAUAUAAGGCACAUGCGCAGCAAGCUUUAACACUGGCCAGUAAAACGAAUACGAAAUUUAUAUUUGAUAUGAGAGAAAAUGAAUGUAAUUAGAAUAAAAAACAAAUUCAAAAUUCUUUUAAAAUACAAGAAACGACAAAAAAUUAUUUAAUAAUUAUAAAUUGCCCGAAUUAAUUGUAUUUUAUUUAGAAAAAAAUAAAUCAA